AUGCAUGCAACCAACAUAGUUUCUGGUGUUACUGAAUCUGAAAUCCAAUUCUGGCAAAGCAUCCAUCAAGCAAAGAUUGUUUUUCCUUACCCCAAUAACUGGAAAGAUUUCCUCCCAUUUUCUCAAUACAUGGCUAUCCGGGACAACAGUAUCAUCUUAAAUGAGAACUUCAUGAUAGAUUCAAAAGGGCGGCUGAUUGAUAACAAGGGUGAACAAGAUCCUAUACAGCUACCAUUCAAGCUUUCUUCAGGAGAAUCUGGAUUUCCAGAUAACUGGGGAGGCAUGCUUUGCUUAGAGGAUGCUACAUUUGCCAUAGUUUCAAAAAAGUCAAGGAUGCUUAUACGAAAGCCUUAUCUGCAGCUAAUCGAUGUAUUUGAGUAUGAUCAUGCUAAUAAGGGUAAAGCUGAGAGUGGUUGUGUUAUUGUUGGCACACCAGGCAUAGGCAAAACCUACUUUGGAUUAUAUUUUCUCUUUUAUAUCACCCGUCGUUAUCCCGAUUCUGAUAUUAUUUGGCAUAAUCAAAAAGGUUGCCUUUUAUUUUCACCAAAUCAACCAGUAAAAGCAGGACAAAUUAAGGAUUUGGAUUUUCGCAAACAACUAGAAGACGAUAAUGCUUUCUAUCUUGUUGAUUCAGAGAGGCCAACUUCACCAGCUUUUGCAUAUACUCUUCUGUUCUCAUCACCAAGGUCUGAAAGAUGGAAUGAUUUUGUGAAGACAGAAGGCCACACUAUUUACUACAUGCCAAUUUGGUCACCAGAUGAAAUUUGGGCACUUUGGAACCUAGAAUACAAGAAUUUAUCAAAAAAUCAUGUUCAAAAAUUGAUGAAUCGGUGGGGUCCAAUACCUCGAAUUAUUUUUGAUAAAUAUAAGGAUGAACCAAAU